GCCACCAUGUCUGUGUCACACAGUUCCAAGCUCAACAAGGGGGUCAGAGACCAGUACAUGAAGCUACCCCAAGGGAAGAAAGUGUUGGCCACCUACAUUUGGAUAGAUGGAACCGGAGAAGGCCUUCGCUGUAAAACCAAAACCAUGACCCAGGAACCAAGCUGCAUCGAAGAUCUUUCAGAAUGGAAUUUCGAUGGCUCCAGCACGGGACAAUCCGAAGGGUCCAAUAGCGACAUGUUCUUAAUCCCCGUGAAGAUGUUCCGAGACCCGUUUUGCUUGGACCCCAACAAGCUGGUAUUGUGUGAGGUUCUGAAGUACAACAGGAAACCGGCUGAGACCAAUUUUCGGAGCACCUGCAAGCAAGUCAUGGAGUUGGUGAAAGAGAGCCAGCCCUGGUUUGGAAUGGAGCAGGAAUACACUUUGCUGGGCAUGGACGGCCGGCCGUACGGCUGGCCUGAAAACGGAUUUCCGGGGCCACAAGGACCCUAUUAUUGUGGGGUUGGUGCCAACAAAGUGUACGGACGUGAUGUUGUGGAAGCACACUACAAAGCUUGCAUGUAUGCUGGUGUGGACAUCUGCGGCACCAACGCUGAAGUCAUGCCGUCUCAGUGGGAAUUUCAAGUGGGACCGUGUGUGGGCAUUGAAAUGGGCGACCACCUGUGGAUGGCGAGGUACAUUUUACAUCGGGUUUGUGAAGAUUUUGGCAUCGUGGCCACCUUGGAUCCUAAGCCGAUGACCGGCAACUGGAACGGGGCUGGAUGCCAUACUAACGUCAGCACCAACGAAACACGGCAGAAAGGGGGUAUCAAGUGCAUCGAAACCGCCAUCGAAAGGCUGAGCAAACGCCACCAGUAUCACAUCCGGAUGUACGAUCCCCGAGGAGGCCAGGACAACACCAGAAGGCUAACCGGCCAGCACGAGACCUCCAGCAUCACCGAGUUCUCGGCCGGAGUGGCCAACCGGGGCGCCAGCAUCCGGAUCCCUCGCCAAGUGGGGCAAGACGGCUGCGGCUACUUUGAAGACCGCCGGCCGGCUGCGAACUGUGAUCCCUACGCGGUCACCGAAGCCAUCAUGCGGACCGUUUUGCUUGGCGAAACGGGAGACGGACCUGUGGAAUACACGGAUGAGACACGGCUGCAGAGGGCCACUCUUAAGGACUGAGCGCCCCAUUAUCCACGGCCAACAUUCCCUUCCCGACUAGUUCUACACCUGUUAGUAAACGUCUGGCAACUUCAGAAAGA